AUGGAUUCAUCAUCAUCUAAAACACAAGAAAUACAAGAGACUUUAAAAAUUCUUAAAAAGAAUAUCAAUUCUAUCACAAAACAGAUUGAUGAAUUAAAUCAUCAACGUGAAAACUUACAAGUGCAAUAUGAUCAAUUAAGAUCUCAAUUAACUACAGCCCGUGUUCAAGAAAUUUCAAGUUCUCUAGGUACAUCAUCUGAAUACAAUUCAGAAUCCUUAUUCCCAUGGACUUCAGAAGUGAAUCGAGUGAGAAAAGAAAUUUUCCGAAUUUCCGAAUUUCGUCCUUUACAAAUAACAGCAAUUAACGCAGUUUUAGAUGAUCGUGAUGUAAUUCUAGUUAUGCCUACAGGCGCAGGCAAAAGCUUGGUAUAUCAAUUACCUGCAUUAAUUAAUGUUAAUGCUUUCAAAGUGAAUGGACGAUAUCGUGGUUCAUUAACGUUAGUUAUAAGUCCAUUGGUUUCUUUAAUGGUUGAUCAGUCGAUUAACUUGACCAGAUACAGUCUCGAACCAGAUACAAUAGCAGUUUUAGAUGCGAAUACACCGUUACAAGAACAACGUCGAAUUCUCUCAUUACUUGCAGAAAAAUCAAACAAAACAAAUAUUUCAACAAAAUCUAAUUUACGCUUAUUGUAUGUAACUCCAGAGAAAUUGGCUAAAAGUAAAUUAUUAUUAAAUCGUCUAGAGAUUGCUUAUUCAACAAAUCGAUUAGCUUGUAUUGCUAUUGAUGAAGUACAUUGUGCUAGUCAAUGGGGUCAUGAUUUCAGACCGGAUUAUAAAUUUCUACAUGUAUUAAAACGUCAAUUUUCUAAUGUACCGAUUAUUGGUUUAACUGCAACUGCAACCACUGAAAUCAUUGUAGAUAUAGAAAAUAUGUUAGGUCUUAAUGUAGACAAAUGUUUAGUAUUAAGAACUAGUUAUAAUCGAGAAAAUUUAAAUUAUUAUGUUAAACCAGUCAGUGGAUCUAUCAAAGCAUCUGUUGGAUAUUUAUAUGAACUAAUUAACAAAAAUUAUAUUAAUCAAUCAGGCAUUAAUUUCGGGUUAAAAGUAGCUCCAUAUCAUGCUAACUUAGAUUUUAAUUAUCGAUCUAGAGUUCAUUCCGAUUGGAGUCAAGGAAGAAUUCAAGUAAUUGUUGCCACUGUAGCUUUUGGUAUGGGUAUAGAUAAAGCUGAUGUUCGUUUUGUAAUACACUUUUCUUCAAGCAAAAGUCUAGAAAAUUAUUAUCAGGAAUCAGGUAGAGCAGGACGUGAUUCGAACUCUGCGGAUUGUAUAUUAAUGUGGCGUUUUUCAGAUCUAUUUCGUUUAGCCAGCAUGGUAUCAUCUGAACGAACAGGAAUUGCAAAACUUUAUGAAAUGGUUGGAUAUUGUAUUGAUCCGGAUAUGUGUAGACGUUUUUUAAUUUCGAAAAAUCUCGGUGAUGCUUCUUGGUCUACUGAUGACUGUAAAAAUGCUUGUGACAAUUGUCAACGUAAAAGCACAAAUAAGUCGGAUGUAUCCACGUUGAUUCAAAUAAAAACAGAUAAAUUACUGAAUGCGACAAAACAAUUAUUAUUUGAUCAAAGUUUAACAAAACAAGAAAGGAUAACUGGCCCUAAAUUGAUUGAUCUUAUGACUUGUAAUAAGCAGAUACAAUCUAUCAGUCAAAAAUUAUUGUAUAGAAAUCAAGAAAAACCUGAACGUCAAUUUUAUGAACAUUUCAUAUCUUGGUGUUUAAUUAAACAAUACUUAAAAUUAGAUUUUCAUUUUACACCAUAUUCAACUGUUUGUUAUGUUGUAAACAAUGACAAUUCAGUUGAUAAUGAACACAUUGAAUUAAUGCCUUAUUUAUUAUCAAUUAAGGAAGAAUUGGAUAAAACAAAGUUACGGAAAAGCGUUCUCACGUAG